AUGUUCAAGUCUGUGCUUAAUAGGGUACCUGCCCUAGUUCCAAAGUUGGGUAUAGCCUCCUCCCCCUUCAAAAUGCCGAUGUUUGCCAACCCUAUUGCACAAAUGCAAAAACGUUAUGCUACAUUAAAUCAAAUUAAGAAUGGUAAGCAUUUUAGGCCUAUCAAACCAUUCAUUUCCAAGGCUCCAGAUUUGGAAGGAAACCCAUUCAAGAAAGGAGUAGUAUUGAGAGUGAUGAUUGUUAAACCCAAGAAACCUAAUUCUGCCCAAAGAAAAUGUUGUAGAGUCAGAUUGACCAAUGGUCAUGUGGUUACAUGUUUUAUUCCUGGUGAAGGUCAUAAUUUACAGGAACAUAAUUUGGUUUUGGUGAGAGGGGGAAGAUCACAAGAUUUACCUGGGGUUAAAUAUAAAAUUGUUAGAGGAACUUUGGAUUGUGCUGGUGUUGCUAACAGACAAACUGCCAGAUCUAAAUACGGGGCUAAGAUGCCCAAGCAAUAG